UGGGCAAUUCGGGAGGCGAAAUUCGCGACAGUUGGCCGUCGUCGUGUACGUUGAUAAAUAGUGCUGCGUAGCCUAAACACUCGAUAUCAAUAUUCGUAUUUAAUUGAUUUUAAGAAAUAAAACGAUCCUUUCAUUUUUCGAACGCAUGUAACAGUCGUAGUGAUCAUACAUUGCCUAAUAAUUGCUGCAAUUUCUUCUUUUGUGGCUCCGAUUGUAAGCGAACAGUGCGUGUGAUAACAGAUCGAGACUCAAGUGUAAAAUGUCAAGUGCCAAUAAAAUCACGGCCUAUACGCAAGCCGAUAAAGAAGAUUGUGUUUUUACGUGGAUAAUAAAUGAUUAUACAUUGGUUUGCCAAGAGGCAAAUGAUCAACAAAUAAUAUCGCCUACAUUCAAUGUCGGUCAAGAUGAUCAAAAACAGUUUGCCUUAAUGAUAACUGAAAGUGAUGACGUUGAAACUGAUGACGUUGAAAUUGAUAACGAAGAGGGCAGCGUUGGCAUAAAGUUAGAAUUGGCUUGCAUAAAGGCCACGGAAUCUUUACCUUUAUCUGUGAAGCUGUCAAUUAUUAAGGAUGACAUAACUGCCUAUAUUUCGGUAGCUUCUGAAAUUUUAGACGAGAAUGAGUAUUUGACCAUUUUCGAGAUUACCAAUCGCGAUAUGCACAAGUUCAUUUCGUCCACCGGCACCGUAAUUUUUCGCUGCGAAUUAUCAGUCUCCGUGGGACCACUAAAAAACAUAAUAAACUACGAAUCCGUCAAAACUAAUUGCGAGGUAUUCAAACUGAAAUUCGACCGAUUAUUUCUCAGUGACGAUUUGAGCGACGUGAAGCUGCGAACCGACUGUGGAAAGGAAAUCCCAGCUCAUAAAGUCGUGCUCGCUGUUGCCAGUCCUGUAUUCGAUGCCAUGUUCAGCCACGACAUGUUGGAAAAGAAAAGCAAAUCGGUCGACAUGACGGAUGUCAGUUACGAGACUGCAGUUGAGAUGCUGCGAUACAUCUACACUGGUAGCGUUGAAAAACAAGAAUCAUCUUUGGCAAUGGAUGUUUUGGCAGCCGCUGACAAAUAUCAACUUGAAGAAUUGAAAAGUGAGUGCGAACAAAUGAUAGGCUCCAAUUUAUCGACUGAAAAUGCAGUAGACAUUCUAAGAGUUGCUGAUAAGCAUAAUGCAAAAUAUUUGCGCAAAAAAGCUGCCGAUUUCAUAAAAUUCCAGAUUAUCAGACCUUUGAAUUCCGAUGAUAUAAGUAGCAUAAUUCUCGGAAUGGCGCAAGUUCUGCCGAAAUAAUUCAUAAAGUUGUAUAUUUUUUCAUGUACUAAUUUGACUGAUAUUUUUCUGUUAAUGACUUUAACUUGAAAACGUAAUGUUACUAUUGCAUUUCUAAUCAAAAUAAAAAUUCAAUAUCAUGAAA